AGCUUUCGUUUCGUUUUUUGUGUUGUUUGCGAUGUCUGGACGCGGGAAGCAGGGAGGCAAAGCUCGCGCUAAAGCUAAGUCUCGUUCUUCUCGUGCAGGCCUACAAUUCCCGGUAGGUCGUGUUCACCGCCUCCUCCGCAAGGGCAACUAUGCGGAGCGUGUUGGAGCUGGUGCACCAGUGUACUUGGCGGCAGUGCUGGAGUACCUGACCGCUGAGAUCCUGGAGCUGGCUGGCAAUGCUGCUCGUGACAACAAGAAGACGCGUAUUAUCCCGCGCCACCUGCAGUUGGCUAUCCGCAAUGACGAAGAGCUCAACAAGCUUCUUGGUCGUGUGACUAUUGCACAAGGCGGUGUCCUUCCCAACAUCCAGGCGGUAUUACUGCCGAAGAAGACCGAAAGCCAUCAUAAGGCAAAGGGCAAGUGAUUUGACAGGCAUCUGAGCUUCCGGAAAAGCUACCAAACCCAAAGGCUCUUUUCAGAGCCCCCCCACCCUUUCAAAGAAGAGCUAAACUCACUGUUAAAGAUAAAAGGAAAAUUAUUCAGAAGCUGCGGCUUGCAGACGAACUUCCUGCUUUCCAGAUACUGCCACCAGUUUGGGACCGGUCCAGACUCUUCCUCUACUCCUUCUCCGUGCUACCUGCUUCUACUGUAAUCAUUCUCAAAGGAAAAGGAUCAGGUAUCCAGGACUUAGGGUGAAGGCAAAGUGGCAGAAAAAACAGGUGACCAUCUUGAUGACCAUACAGAAUUUCCCAAGGAGUUUUUAAAGUUACAACGAUUCUAACUGGAAGCUGGACUAAGAAUCAUCAAACCUGGGGGAGGACAAGCCUUACAGAAUUCUUUCCUCCCAGCAUUUCCUUUAUGCUAGAGAAUAUGGAUCCUUAGGUCAGGAUUGCUUCAUUUAAGCUGUGGCAUCAUUUUUGCUCACAUGUCAAAUUGUUUUUCAAUAGUUUCAUACGUGCAUGACCUUGACCAAGGUGCUUAACCUUUUCCUGACUACAUCUCUUCAGGCAUGCCUUUGCUCACUUUAACAUGAAAACAACCUGGCUUGGCAGCAUGGAUUCUGGAAUUAGAACACAGGCUGAUCAAGACAGAUAGUGUACUAGACAUUUACUGUGCGCCAGGCAUAUUUCUAUGUAUUUCCAGUGUAUUAAUGUAUUUAAUCCAACAAUCUUAGAGAUGGAUUCUAGCCCAAUUCUGAAUUUAAAGAUGAGGAAACCAAGAAACAGAACUUGUCUAAAUUCUAAGGCCACUUCUAACUGAUGGCUGUUCUAUAACACCACUCUCUAAAAGUUAUUGUCAGAAAAAUGGAAACAAUAAAAAAAAGACACAUAAUGUGUGAACUUUGUCCACAUACCAGAAUGUUACGAAAGGCAAUUAAACUCCAGAAUAUUAUUUACUAUUGAUAUUCUAAACUCUGAAGAAUUUAAGGGAAACACCAGAGAAAGAAAUAUUAACAAUAUAUUUAUACCAUAAACCUAGAUAAAAAGUCAGUACACUUUUGAUUUAAGGGGUGACACGUGAACCAAGGAACCGGUAAGAAGUUGGUUUGGUAAAGAGCUAUAGGAGUUGAUGAACUGAUUGUUCAGGAAAGAAGAUAGAGAAGACUUUAGUUUGAGUUCUUUUCUGGGAUCCAAUAACAAAACUUUGUAUUUUAUUUAUUAGAUCAAAUAAAUCUGUUUAAUUUUACUUACCUCUUAAAUGUUCUAUCUCCAAAGGCUGUCACAUUGAGGUUUAGGGCUUCAGGAUAUGAAUUUUGGGGGAAACAAUUCAGUCUGUAAUAUUCCACCCUUGACCUACCAAAAUUUAUGUCUUCCUUCCAUGCAAGAUACAUUCACUCCAACCUAACAACCCCAAAAGUCUUUACUCAUUCUGGCAUCAGUUCUAAAGUCCAAAGUGUCAUCUAAUUAUCGUCUAAAUCAGAUAUGGGUAAGACUCAAGGUACAGUUCAUUCUGAGGCAAAAUUCCUCUCCUGCUAUCAACCUUGGAAAUCAGACAGUUAGAUUCUUCUAAAAUACAAUGAUGGGACUGGUGUAGAACAGAGACUCCCCCCACCCCCUUCCAAAAGGGAGAAAUGGAAAAAAAGGAAGGGGUGAUGGGUCCUAAUCAAGUCUAAAACCUUGGCAAGGCAAAGUCCAUUAGGUCUUAAGGCUUGAGAAUAAUCUUCUUUGACUCAAUGCCCUGACUUCUAGGUCCACUGGUUCUGCAGAGUCACCUCCAUGACUCUGGGGGAAGGCCUACUCCUGUUCCCCUGCCUGAAUCCCUGCCCCUUCAGUUUGGUGGGGUCCUAUUCAGUUAGCUCGCUAUCUGUGAGGACUUCUCCCACACAGUUUUGCUGGGAAUCCUGCAUCCUUGAAACUGAGGUGGAGUCAGCCUUACCUGAGCACUCCUACUCCUACACUAUGCCUACUUGGGCGUUCUGAAUCUGAGGUGGGAGUGUCACUCCUAAUGAUCUCUGAAUUGCUUUGUGAUCCAUCUUUCCCUUUCUUGAAGGAUAGUUCACAUUUCACCGACAGAGAGCUCUAUGAUAGUGUUCUGUAGAAUCCAAAAAGUCUAACAAACUGCUUCAUUCCUUCCCAUCUUCUCUAAUUUACUUAAAACUGGCAGCAUCUCUGAUGACAUGAUUCUAUUUCCCUUCCUGACUUCUGCCAAAAUGGCUGAUUAUGUUCAUGCAUUGCACCCAUUAUCUCUUUAUCAAAUAAUUGUUCAACUAUACUUCUUCAAGAAAAGUUUUAUUAUUAUUAUUUUUUACAAUAUGGGUAGGGUAAGAAUUUUCCAAAUCCCCAAGUUCUGAAUCCUUUUUGCUUAAAAAUUUAUUUUCAGUUCAUCUCUUUUCUCUUAUAUUUUACUAUAAGCAGGAAAUAGGACACAAAACACACCUUCAAUACUUUGCUUAGCAUUCUAUUCUGCUAAAUAUGGAAUGUCAAUGCUUGUAAGUUCUACCUUCCUCUAAACAUUAGAACAUCAUUCAGCCUAGUUCUUUGCCACUUUAGAACAAGGGUUACAUUUCCUUCAGUUUCCAAUGAUCUGUCUCUCAUUUCCAUUUGACACCUCACCAGAAUGUCCUUUAAUGUUCAUAUUUAGCCAAUAUUCUAUUCAAGAUUAUGUAUGUAUUCUCUAAGAAAGGGGAAACUUUCUCUCCAGUUCUCUUCUUUUCUUUCUAAACCCUUAUAAGAAUUACCUUUAACAUUCAUAAUUCUACCAAGUCCCUUUGUGGCAAUUGGCUUUUUCUAGCAUGAACUUCAAAAUUCAUCUAGCUUCUACCCAUCACCCAGUUACAAAGCCACUUCCACAUUUUUUGAUAUUUGUUGUAGUAGCACUCCACUUUUUGACACCCAAAUCUGUCUUAGACUCCUUGGGCUGCUAUAACAACAUUCCACAUACUAGUAGCUUAAACAAUAGAAAUUUAUUUUAUCACAAUUCUAGAGGCUAGAAAUCUGAGACUGAGGUGCCAGCAUGGUCAAAUUCUGGUGAGGCUUUCUUCCUGGCACGCAGGAUACCAAGUAGAUGACCUUGUCCAUUCUUUCCUGUAUAGCCAUAGCUGAAAGGAGAAGGCUCUGACUUUAUACUAUAACAAAUUGUCCUUGUAUUAAAAAUUCAUGUCAAAAUGACUGGAAUGUAAUGUGCUCUUAAUUUUAGAAACUUGGAGCUUGUUGCUGGUUCCUAUUCUUUGCUCUGCUCCUUGAUGGGUUCAUCAAUGCUAUACUUUCAGAAACCAUCUAUAUGCAAUAAACUUCCAAUUUUACUUCUCCAGCCCUAAUCCCUUUCUUAAGAUACAAAUGUAUGUAGUUAAAUUUUUACUUGACAUUUUCAUUUGGAACUCUUAACAGGUCUCUCAGCCCGAAUACUUCCAACACACCGAAGUUGUCAUUGUGAUCUCUAAGCCUGUUAUCCCCUCCAGUUCUCCCAACUUAGUAAAUGACACUGACAUAAAUUCAUUUAUUCAAGCCAACAUUCUAGGAGUGAGACUUGCUGUUUUUCCUUUAUCUCCAUAAACUCAAACUAUCAGUGAGUCAUAUCACCUACACUUUCAAUACAUGUCUUAAUUCGUUCUUCAUAUUCCUUACACAGGACCACCUCUGGCUCCUGUCUACCUUUCUCACUUCAUCUCCUUUGCUCUGUUCUAGCUGUGCCAAUCUCUUCCUACAAAGCAGCUAAGCUCUGCUGCUAUCAAUAUGUUUGCAUUGUUGGUCUUGUUCUCUGAAAUUCCUGUCUUCUGACUUUUCAUUUAGUGAGCUUAUUUUCACCCUUUAUGUUUCAGCUCUUUUCAGAGAAGCCUAUCUAAAGUAGAUCUGUCUAGAUCUAUUAAAGAUGUAUUAAAGAUCUGGGCCAGGCAUGGUAUAAUCCUAGCACUCGAGGAGGCCGAGGCAGGUGGAUCGCUUAAACUCAAGAAUUCAGAGACCAGCCUGAACAAGACUGAGAGACCAUGUCUCGAAAAAUAGCUGGGCGUUUUGGACGGUUGCCUACAGUGCCAGCUACUCCAAAGGCUGAGGUUUGAAAAGCUUUUCAUCACAGAGAUGCUAGAAUCCUGAGUGUCUGCCAAACCUACCAAUUCUCGGAAAUAAAUGGAUGGAUGUUGUUAAUGUUCCUAUGUCACUGGUUGAUUUGGCACCUACAAAUAUUUUUAUAUUAAAAACUUGCUCUAAGUUUAUUUCUUUGUUUUUACAUGUGGGGAGGAGUAAGGUAGGUAGGGGAGAGGGAAAGAAUAUGUAUAUAAUUGAGGGAAAGCUCUCUUUAGUACAAAAUGUGUUUACUUUUCUGAAUAAGCAUUAUAUUCACAGGGUUCAAACAACUUAAAAUAGGUAUGUAUUGAGAAUCCAUCCUACAACUUCCUCCAGAUGAUCACUUUUUUCCUUGUGUAUUUUCUUCUCGUGUUAAUUUAUACUGAUGUCAGUCAAUGACUAAUGUGUCUUAUCUCCACCUUUUCAUUCUUACAAGGUAGCAGACCACAUACAGUUGUUCUGUUCACAACACUAUAUCUUAGAAAACUUUCCAUAUAGGAACACAUGUGAGAAGUCAAAGACUGAAAAUAAAAGAUUAUUCCAAAACAUGAAACAAAAGAAAACAGUGUCCAGGUUCUGUGUGGACACUGCAGAACGUUCUGUAACAUUGGCCUUCAUUUCCACCUGGGUGCAGGCGGGCUGAGUUUGAGAAGGAAGUCAGCACAUGGGUUAAGGUGGAUGGAAAUUUAUAGGGUCAGAAGGGUAGGGAUUGGCACAUUCUCUCUUUCUUGGGUUGGCCAUUCCAUUUGGGCAGGCCCAUUCUAUUUGGGUGGGUUGGUUCUAUUUGACUCUAUCAAUAUGGAGCUUCUCAUACACAGUUGUAUGUUAUUACACUACAGGGAUACAUUGUAGUUUAUAUAUUGUAGUUUUCUGGUCUUUUGCUUUAAAACAUCUCUGGAAUGAUUAACCCUGAUUUACAGCAAAAUUGAAAUUGCUCUCCUAUUCUGCUGGAACAGUGGAACAUAAACUGAAAUUCCAGUCACUCUUGGUUUGGACUCAAGGUUCUUUUUCUUCAAAACUAUGUAACUGUCACCAGUUUAGUUAUUUGAACCUCAAUUUCUUCAUCUGUAAAGGGAGGGAAAUAUCUAUCUAAGUGACUAUGAGAAUGAAAACGAUCACGUGUAUAGAUUAUUUGGAACUCUGAAAAUCAACACAAAUAAAAUUAUUUGAUUUUCA